AUCACAAUGUCCUCCAGGAUGAUCAGCUUUUCAACAGUAUUAAUGCUGCAGAGACACAUGUGAGGGAUGAUGAGCAGAGUAUAGAGGACAUUCCUACAGAUAACCGCCUAGAUGACUGUACCAGGAGCUCAGAGGAACAUCUGAUAUCUACAGAUUUUAAAGUGGAUGAUCAUGGUAUCAAGCAAGAGCAUGCCGCUUUCCCAGAUGUACCUUCGGCCUUUCACAGCAAAGAUCCAUCAUCUGAUCCUUUGGAUCAGUUUCCAUCUUCUGAUUCAUCACAGACUGUUAAGCAAAGUAAAAGUUCACAGUGUGGGAAAUAUAGUGUUAAAUCAACUCUUGUUACACAUCAGAGACUUCACACAGGGAUGAAGUCAUUUUCCUGUUCAAAAUGUGGAAAACAUUUUAACCGUAAAUCUAAUCUUGUUAAACAUGAGAGAAUUCACGCAGGGCAGAGGCCAUAUUCAUGUUCAUAUUGUGGAAAUCAUUUUAUGCAGAAAUAUGCUCUUGUUUCACAUCAGAAAAUUCACACAGGGGAGAAGCCAUACUCGUGUUUAGAAUGUGGAAAAUGUUUUAGCCACAAAUCAGCUCUUGUUCAGCAUAAGAGAAUUCACACAGGGGAGAAGCCAUAUUCAUGUUCAGAAUGUAAAAAAAGUUUUAACCGUAAAUCAAAUCUUGUUAAACAUGGGAUUAUUCACACAGGGGAGAAGCCAUUUUCCUGUUCACAUUGCGGAAAACAUUUUAACCGUAAAUCAAAUCUUGUUAAACAUGAGCGAAUUCACACAGGGGAAAAACCAUAUUCAUGUUCCGAAUGUAGAAAAUGUUUUAGAGAUAAAUCAAAUCUUGUUACACAUCAGCGAAUUCACACAGGGGAGAAGAAAAAUCACAUUCUGAUGUGCGGUAUGUGGAAAGUCUUUUAACCAAAAAGUCAGCUCUAAUUACAAAUCGAAAGAUUUGCAUGAAAAAUGUUUUCAUGUUUACAAUGUGGGAAAUGAUUCAUCUUCCCAACAGUAACAGUAAACCCUUAAGGACUGAUUUAGGAAAUCUGGUAUGUCUGAAUACGUAU